AUUUUCAAUACGUCGAAGUGAAUGCUUAGGUAUUUCUCAACUCUCGUCACGAUAAACUCGCUACUUGAAUCCAUUUACAAGUAUGGCCUGGAUAAGUAGUUUCGUUUCUUCACAAUGGAACCGGCUCCUCCUUCUGAGUUCGGCUGCCUUUGGGGAUACUGCUUUCUGGACCUAUCCACAGAGUGCUGUUAAUCAUCCUCAUUUCAACUUUGAAGAGUUCCUUACCCAUCCUGCUCACUUAUGGUCUGCCAAUACAACCAUAUCAUUUCCCGGCUCACCUAAUUUCGACGAUGCAACAGCUCGUUGGACGAUAUUUAGCCCUCCAACCUACAAUGCUGCCAUCCGCCCUGGAUCUGAGGCUGAUAUAGCCAGAGUUGUCAAACUUGCUUCAUUAUAUAAGUUCCCGUUUCUCACUAGAGGCGCGGGUCAUGGGUAUAGUAUCACUCUUUCGGACUUUCAAAAUGGUUUAGCUCUGGAUCUCAGUCAAUGGAAGUCACUUGAAAUCGACCAGACUGCAGAGACCGUGACGAUUGGUCCGGGUGUCACAAUCAGCGAGGUGUUUGAUCCCUUGCACGAAGCUGGAUUUCAGAUUCAAAGCGGCACGUGUGGAUGUCCUAGUUUAGUUGGUGUCACACUUGGUGGUGGAGCUGGGCGAUAUCAAGGUAUCCAUGGUCUGGUUAUCGAUGCUCUAGUUUCUGUUCGCAUGGUCACAGCGGCAGGCGAGCUCAUCGAGGUGUCAAGAGAUUCUCAUCCAGAUUUAUUCUGGGCUAUUCGAGGCGCUGGCGCUAACUUCGGAGUCAUCACAUCAGCAACAUACAAGGUGAAUCGCCUUGUCAAUCAAGGGAACUUCUUGCAUGCAGACUUUUAUUUUUCAGCGGAAAAGAGCUAUGACUACUUCAAAAUAAUUGAAACUCUCAAUGAUAAAUUUCCAGCCAACAUAGCCACUAUUGUACUUAUCAACUACAAUGCUUCUACAAAUAGUAUACAAGUUGGGGGAAACUGGGUGUAUUUUGGGCCCGAAAAAGAAGGAAUGAAGGCAUUGCAACCUGUGUUUGAUCUCGGACCUAUCUCAUCCGUUGUCAGUGUUGUGCCAUACAAGAAAUUACUGGCUACAACUGGUGGUGGUUAUGAUACGUUGGUUUGUCAGGGUCACACGAACCGUGACCUCUACAGCCUUAAUCAAAAGACAUAUUCUGCGUCAGGCUGGCAAAAGGGAUUUGAAAAAAUGGCCAAGUUCUUCGAGGAACAUCCUGGCGGCCGGAACAGCGCACUCGUUUUUGAGGUCUUCCCCAAUCAAGCUACUCUUGCAGUGGCUUCGGACGAGACAGCAUAUCCAUGGAGAGAAGCCAGAGGAUAUAUAAUCGGUCACUUCAUCUGGGCUGACGGAGAUACUGCUACUGCGGCGGCCUCUAAUAAAGUCGGCUUAGAACUUCGCGACGAGCUCCUCCUUACAUCAGGGUACGACGAAGUCUCAGUCUUCGUCAACUAUGCAAGGGGAGAUGAAGGCCUAGAGAGCAUUUAUGGGAGAGACAAACUGCCCCGGUUGGUCGAGUUGAAGAAGACUUGGGAUCCUAACAACAUUUUUGCUUACAACAAUUAUCCACUACCAUUGGAAUAUCCAUCGAAACAGCGAGAUGAACUUUAG